AAAUGAGAAUAAUAAUAUUCAAACAUAUUUGCAACAGGAAGUCACCUGCUUUAAAAACAAAGAGCCACUAAUUGACGAUGCUGAGGGAUGCUGCCCCCUGGUGGACGAAGCUGGCAAUCGCAGGCAAUCAGUUAUUGAUGAGCUUCAGCUGUUAAUUACUUAAGUGACGUCACUUCCCCUUCACGUCGUGAGCAAGCCUAAAAGAAAAUGUUUGCUAGCAAAAUGAUAAGAAGCUUUAUUAAAAGUUCUGCACUCCUCUUUCUGCUCCUUUUUGGGACCACCUGCAAGGCACAACUGGACGGAGAGCAGGAGGAGCAGAUCUCAGGUGCACGUGGCCAAGGGGGCGGGGCUUUCUUCGCGUUGAGGAGCUGCCAUCAGCUGCUGGGAGGCGAUGGCGGCGAGUUCUUCUCUCCCGACUACGUUUGCGCCAACCCGCCUCUGUGGUGCAACUGGACCAUCCGGGUGGACGCCGGAAAACGGGUCCAGCUGCACCUGGAGGACCUGACCCCGGACGACGCCUGUCACCUGAAACAGGACCAGAUCCACGUGGAUGACGCCGCGGGGGGUCACAAGGUCCUGCAGAAGUGCUGGCGGGAGGCCAGGUACACGUCCUCGUCCCGGACCGUGCACGUGGUCCUGCUGAUCGGGGGCUGGCCCGCUCAGCAGUACCGAGGAUUCUACGGCCGUUACCGGGCCUUUGGACCGCCUGUGGCUUACCACCCGCGGGACGGCGUCCCAGAGGCGGAAAUGGGGUCAACAUGGCCUUACAGCCUUGAGGACUCGGAAGAGUUCGGACCGAAGAUGGCGGUGGGACAACACCCCACACCAGCCGCCUCCCUUCCCCGCUUGGAUUAUUCCGAUAAAGCUGCCGACUCGUUUGUGGAGCAGGCCGAACAUAUUGAGCCGCCUCCGUCAGAGAAGGACUACUUGAUGUUCCCGUUGACGGCCGAGCCCACGGCGCCAACGUCCAACCACGGGAUCUUCCGCUCAGAGAGAAGCAUCGCUCGGAUGCUUUCUGACCUUCCAGCACCCAACCGACUCCCCAGCGGCUCCCUUCACACUCCGAUGGCCAAACGCAGGGAAGUGAAUGAAGGUCCGCUUCUCCCUGAAGAGGACACAAAGAUUUACCCUGUCCCGCAAGGACCGGACGUGGGCUCAGAACCAAGUGGGGAUCCUGAAAACGAGACGUCUGAAUCAGAGCGGCAGCCAUCAUUUUCUGAAGAACUACAACCUGAGGAGCUCGAGCGAACCCCCCUGGACCCCAUCGUGGUGGAACCACUGUCGGAUGACCGAGGGAACGUGCACGUCAGGAACCGUUCUGGCAUCGAACAUCGACCAGGUGACCAGCUCUUUGAAGUCGCUGUGGAGGUCCGCCUCAGCCAGAACCAGAACCCGGACCAGAUCCACAUUGAUGGGUCACUGAUGAAGUCUAUCAAGGCUCUGGUUCUCCAACAUCUGGACGGGCUGCACGUGCCGCUCACCUUGACCUUCAAGAGAAUUAAAAGGCUGCGUGCAGGAGAACUCUACAUCAUCUGGUUGAACACCGGCCCGGAGGACGGAAGCCGCCACGUCUACUCCAGCGUCCACUCGGACCUGCAGGGCUUGGUUGGUAUCGGUGUCGCCCUGACGAGGAACCACAACAACGCCGUUAUCACGUCGGUGUCCAUCGGAGAUGUGAACGAGUGCGGGACCCAGUUGGCGCUGUGUGACAUCAACGCAGAUUGUUUGGACCAGUUUGGAUCUUACUGGUGCCGCUGCAGAGCAGGCUUCAGGGAUGAGUCCCGUCUGGGUCCUGGUGGAACCGUGUGUGUGGACGAGAAGGCAGCAGACGGCUGCAGAGGGGGUCCGUCAGCUGAGACCAAGGGGGUGUACGUGGUCUUCUUCCUGCUCACCGCCGUCAUCGUCCUGCUGCUCGUGGCCGCCUGCACGUUGUACCGCCGCCGCCACCACGGGGCCUUCUUGGUGCGCUGUGGCAGUAAAGGCCACACCUCCCAGCGCUGUCACGACGACGCCUACUCCUACCCCCCUGACUCGGACCUGCCGCCGCCCCCGCUGCCCACCAGGGGGCCUCGUGACGGCUGGACCCUGCAGAAGGAGCGCCGCCCCGCUGCUGAUGUGCCGUUGCUUCGCUUCAGCCCGCUGAGACCGUCGGACAGCUACACGCAACCACGGGUGGCUGAUAAGAAUUAAACUUGCUUUGCUUUUUCUUUGGUUUUAUGUUGCCUUUGUUAUGUACACAUUUAAAUAAAGUUCAGCCACUAA